UCGGUAAUCGAUAGGCGAUAGGCAGGACAACAUUGACAACACAAUUUUCUGCAAUUUUUUUGUUUUUUAAGGAGAAAUUCCUUAAUUUUAAAGUGAACAAGUGGCAUUUUCGAGAUGCCCAAGGUGCGCCGCAGUCGUAAGCCGCCGCCAGACGGCUGGGAGCUGAUAGAACCCACUCUCGAGGAACUGGAGCAAAAAAUGCGGGAGGCUGAAACCGAGCCCCACGAAGGCAAACGCAUCACGGAAUCACUGUGGCCCAUUUUCAAGAUCCACCACCAGAAGACGCGCUACAUAUACGAUCUGUUCUAUCGGCGAAAGGCCAUCAGCCGGGAGUUGUACGACUAUUGCCUCAAGGAGAAGAUCGCCGAUGGCAACCUGAUUGCCAAGUGGAAGAAGUCCGGCUACGAGAACCUCUGCUGCCUGCGCUGCAUCCAGACGAGGGACACCAAUUUCGGGACGAACUGCAUCUGCCGGGUGCCCAAAUCCAAGCUGGAGGAGGGUCGCAUCGUCGAGUGCGUCCACUGCGGUUGUCGCGGCUGUUCGGGCUAAGAUCCUCUAUAAAUCCCCCUAAAAUCAUCCUAGCUCAGUAGGUUCCAUUUUGGAUUUCCCCCCUAGCAUGUAAAUACAUUUUAAUACCAGUCACACACAGAAAAAUAAGAGGAUUUUGUAACUGACCUAGAGUUCUCAUAAUUACUCACGAAAAUCCAACAGAUUCAGUACAUAAAUGGGUUAACAGGUGUGAAAUUCAUGUAAACGCAUACAACAUCUUUUUUUUUUAUUAGAAUUAAUAGGAAAAAUCGAACCUAUGUACAAGUUGUAGUCUAUUCCUGCUAAUAAAUUUUUGUAUACUACGCAAAAUCUU